AUGGAACAGAUCUACAUUGUGUAUCUAGGAGAGCACAAGGGGCUUAAAUCCCCUCAAGAAAUCCUAGAGGGCCACCACUCCUUGUUGUUCUCUGUCAAGAACAGCGAAGAAGAGGCAUCGGGUGCUAUACUAUACAGCUACAAGCACAGCAUCAAUGGCUUUGCUGCACUGCUCACCGAGGAGGAAGCAACAAAGCUGUCCCAGAUGGAUGAAGUGGUCUCAGCCUUCCCAAGUGAAGGAAGGUCGUCUCCACAUACGACGAGGUCAUGGAAGUUCAUAACGCAGGAAGAAGGAUCGAAGGGUUCGGAGAAGAACUUAAUAGGCUCGAAAGCAAAGUGCGGGAAGAAUGUGAUCGUCGGCAUGUUGGAUUCCGGGAUAUGGCCGGAGUCCCAAAGUUUCAGUGACAGAGGGAUAAGACAUUUCCCCAAACGGUGGAAGGGCAUCUGUCAAGAAGGAGAUGCCUUCAACUCUUCCCAUUGCAACAACAAAAUAAUCGGAGCUCGGUACUACGUGAAGUCCUAUGAGUACUACUACGGACCUCUGAACAGAACCUAUGCCUACCGCUCCCCACGAGACAACGACGGCCACGGCACGCACACCGCCUCCACAGUCGCCGGACGGGUGGUCCGCAACGUCUCCGCCCUCGGCGGUUUCGCUUGGGGAACGGCCACCGGCGGCGCCCCGCUCGCCCGCCUCGCCAUCUACAAAGUCUGCUGGCCCAUCCCCGGGCCCAACCCCAACAUCGAGAACACCUGCUUCGACGCCGACAUGCUCGCGGCCUUCGACGACGCCAUCGCCGACGGCGUCCACGUGAUCAGCAUGUCGAUCGGUGCGACCGGAGAGCAGCCCGAUUACUCGCAGGACAGCAUGGCCAUCGGCGCGUUGCACGCGGCGAAGCGUGAUAUUGUCGUGGUAUGCAGCGCCGGUAACGAUGGCCCGGGGCCGGCCACCGUGACGAACCUUGCGCCAUGGACGAUCACCGUCGGCGCUAGCAGCAUCGACCGCGCUUUCGAUUCGCUGGUGCUACUCGGGAACGGAGUGACCAUCAAGGGCCAAACCGUGACGCCGUAUGUGCUAAAUAGCUCGGACUUCUACCCCUUCGUUUAUGCCCGCGAUGCUGUACUUCCUGGCACUCCGAGCAAUAUUUCUGGGCAAUGUUUACCCAAUUCUCUUGAUGGCGAUAAGGUGAGAGGAAAGGUAGUAUUGUGCUUGAGAGGGAGCGGGUCAAGGGUGGCCAAAGGAUUGGAGGUGAAGCGGGCGGGUGGCGCGGCCAUCAUACUGGGGAAUGCGGUCGCCAAUGGCAACGAGAUCCCUGUGGACGCCCACGUCCUCCCGGGGACCGCUGUGUCAUCCGACGACGCAAUAGCCAUCCUUAAGUACAUCGACGCAACCCGCAGGCCGAGCGCAAAGGUAGGCUCGGCUAGGACCGUUUUGAGCGUCACGCCGGCGCCCGCCAUGGCCGCCUUCUCGUCCCGCGGUCCGAAUCGAGUCGAGCCCAACAUUCUCAAGCCCGACAUCACGGCGCCGGGGUUGAACAUCCUGGCUGCAUGGAGUGAGUCGUCGUCGCCCACCAAGCUCGAGGACGAUCACCGUCGCGUCAAGUAUGAUCUUUCCUCGGGGACGUCGAUGUCGUGUCCCCAUGUGUCGGCCGUGGCGGCCCUGAUCAAGUCCCUGCACCCCGAUUGGAGUUCGGCGGCCAUUAGAUCGGCCAUGAUGACCACUGCCACUGUGGAAAACGCCCGAGGAGAGGCGCUGACGGAUGCAUCAGGGCGAGUUGCGGGGCCGAUGGACUACGGUUCGGGUCACAUCCGACCCACCCAUGCGUCGGACCCGGGCCUCGUCUACGACGCCGGCUACGAAGACUACCUGCUCUUUGCAUGCUCCAGCAUCGGUGCAAAGAUGGACCCCUCCUUCCCCUGCCCUGAGACCCCGCCACCUACUUCCGAUCUCAACUAUCCGUCGAUCGCCGUCUCCAAUCUCAACGGCUCCGUCACCGUCCGUAGAACCGUGACCAAUGUGGGCCGAUGCCCGGCCCGGUACCGAGUUACCGCCACCGAGCCGACCGGUGUCUCGGUCCACAUCUCACCACAAAAAUUGAGGUUCAAGAGAUCGGGUGAGAGGAGGCGCUUCUCGGUGACGCUCAAGGUGCGAGGGAGGAGGGACAAACCAAGCGGAGACUACGUAGCUGGUUCGUAUACGUGGUCCGACGGGACCCACGUCGUCCGAAGCCCAAUCGUGGUGUCCCUUGCUUGAUCUUUCUUCGCUGCAGCUGUUCGUGAUGGAUUGGUGUCACGUACACGGAGAUCUCUCUUGAACUCGAUAAUGACUUGCAAAUGUCCCUUUUCAACUUUUUAACAUUAAUGCUGAAGUCAAUUCGGCGUAGUCGUGUUUGAUUUUGGUAUGAUCAACAAUCAUGAGAGGAAACGAAACCAUUGGAUCGGCAGAAUCUAAGCAGCUUAUCCAGAUGGAAAAGAAAGAGGAUAUGGUCUCACCUCAUCUCAGGACGGUCAGCGAAGUUCAUAACUAUCCCUUUCUUUCUAUCUUUCUCUGUGUCUCUCUUUCUCCUUGUUUUUCUUUCUUCAGUAAUAAAGUCCAAAACCAGCUGA